ACUACUGCGAGCAGUUUUACCGCGACCUCCGGAGGCCCUGGUGAUAGGCUCUGUUACCAAAAUAGCCGGAACCGAUUCUUGUAGCUGAUGCAUCCUGUAAUACUGAAGAGCAAUCAAAGCCAGUUGAUGAUGUCCUUACCUCUUGCCAGGUUAUAUAUGAUGCUAUCCAAAACCUGGAUAAGAAGAUUGAUAUCAUUAAUAGAAAGGUUUCAAAAAUCCAACGUUUCAAUGCAAAAGCAGUGUGGACCAAUCGUAAGCCUUUUGGCUUUGGAUAUGGAUAUGCAUACAGAAAUUAUUCUUACCUGCUUGCUAAAAAGCUUAAACUCCAGAAGAUGAAGAAAAGUCAGGCUUACGAGACAUUCUCCUACCCUCAAAGUUAUAGUCCCACUUCACCAGUGUCAGUGCGGGAGGAUAAUUCCCAGAGCGAUAAUCCAGCACCAUCCUUUCGCAUGGAAGAAUACCAGCGAGCUGAGCCAGAGGAAGACCCAGUUCUCAGCCGCACCCCGAGUCCAGUGCGUCCCUCAGACCACCCUGAGCAUGAUUAUCAACCGUAUUAUACAUCUGAUGGUGUAAUGCCUAGCUCUUCAGGGGCCUACCUUGGCAGCCCUAGGGCUAACAGCGUCCGUAGCAACUACUCGCCCGACCACCCUUCUGUAGUACCACAUUCAGUUGCAAGCUCACCAAUUGGAAAUGACCAGUAUUUAGACGAGUCAAACUUCACUAGGCACCCUGCGACAUGGUCGGUGGAAGCAGUGGUCCUAUUUCUGAAGCAAACGGAUCCUCAGACAUUAUGCCCUCUUGUUGACCUCUUCAGAAGCCAUGAAAUUGAUGGGAAGGCUCUGCUCCUACUCACGAGUGACGUGAUGCUGAAGUACUUGGGGCUGAAGCUGGGAACUGCCAUGAAGCUAUGCUACUACAUUGAACGACUUAAACAAGGAAAAUGCUUUGAAAAUUAAAAAAAAAAUCCUUGUGCAAAUUUAGAUUGGGCCAACUUCCAGACAUACCAAUGCCUUAGUGUAGAAUCAUUUUUCUGCCCUUUAGUCAUUUUUGUUUUUUAGAAAGUAUCUCUCAAAAUAUAGCUAGAAUUGUAGAACUAUGUUAUAGUCCAGUCUACUUCUUUCAAAACCAUUUAACUGCUAGAUAGUAUUAGAAUAGUCCAAUAGGAAAUUCAUUCUUUAUAGAUCUUUAAAAAUUACUCUUAUUAUAUUGUUUACAAAUACAUUUCAUGCAAGAAAUGGAAAAUAAACCCCUUUGAUUCUGCUUCAUCUUUAUACAGAGAACUAAAACAGCUAAGAGAGUUAUCAGGGGUUGACAACUUCUAUGAUUAAAUCUAUGGGAAUUUUUCCUCAGAAGAGAAUUUAAAGGUGUACCCAUAGAUAAUCUCUUUCUGAAGUAUUUUGUCUGUCUAAUGCUGCAGUGUUCUAUCAGUUUCCAGAAAGAGAAUAGCCAUAUAAGUUAUUUUCUUUUCUGCUAUUAUUUCUCUACAUGUUUUAUUCAGAUUUAGAGAAAAAAUAAGCUUACAAACUUUUAUCAAGUGCUCUUAACAGUUUUUAGGUAAACUAUAGGAUAGAUAGAAUGGUUAUUUUAUGCAAGAAAUAUACUACAAGGGUCAUUUAUCAGUGAAGUCUGACUACUUUUUUUCCAAAAAACUAUUCUACUAAAACUCAUAUUUUGGCUAAGUUUGGACAUUUAACUACACUUUCAUUGUUUGCACCUCUCUAUAAAGAUACCUCUGUCUAAACUUUUAAGAGAUAUAAUUUUAUUUUAUGUGUUUAUUCUUUAUAUAGAUAGUAUUUUAUAUUUUAUUCUAACCCGAAGUAUACACACAAGUAAUUUUUUUUAAUUUAAAAUGGCAUUUUGUAUUCCCCCAGAGCCAUAUAUUAGUGAGAUGUUUUAUUUUGUGAGAUCUAAGUGGAUUAUUUGCCAUCACUAGUACCUCUCAACUUACUUUUCAGAGGACAAGAAACAAUCUAUGGAUUGGUUUCCAUACAGGGAAGUUCUCUGUCCUAUGCAAUAUUUCUAAUUUGCUUAGUUCUGAGCCAUUUAUCCUGCUACACUUUGAAUGAUGCAUUAAUUCAGACUAAUGUUUGGGGGCUUUAUUUUGUAAGUUAGAACCUUCAGGUGAAACAUGUUCAACGCUAUUAUUUCAUUAUAAAUUUAUAACAUGUUAUUACAUUGUAUAACAAAUAUAAGGUUUAUAAGCUAUGAGAAUUGGUGCUGUCACCAUUAGCCACUUAUAAAUGUGAAGAAAAUGUUCACCAGGGGCAAUAAUGUACCUUUUCUUGUUAGAAAACCAAAUGUACUUUAGACAUGACUGCAACUAUUUACAGAAUAGCUUCAUCUAUGUUAUUCCUUAUAUGUCAUAAGAUUCUUACUUAAACUUGGUCUUCUUUCAAAUUGUAUGAAGAUGCUGUACCCACUUGAACAGUCCUUAGGUGUUUACAUAAAUACUAUGUUUUGCAGUUUUCAUAUUUAAAAAAAUAAAGUUAAAUCUCAAUGAUUCA